AGUUUUGUAAAUAGUAACUGUAAUAGUAACCUUACUAGAUAGUUAGCUUUGUUAAUAGUAACUGUAAUAGUAAUCUUGCCAGAUAGUUAGCUUUGUUAGUAGUAACUGUAAUAGUAACCUUACCAGAUAGUUAGCUUUGUUACUAGUAACUGUAAUAGUAACCUUACUAGAUAGUUAGUUUUGCAAAUAGUAACUGUAAUAGUAACCUUACUAGAUAGUUAGCGUUGUUAAUAGUAACUGUAAUAGUAACCUUACCAGAUAGUUAGUUUUGUAAAUAGUAACUGUAACAGUAACCUUACUAGAUAGUUAGCUUUGUUAAUAGUAACUGUAAUAGUAACCUUACUAGAUAGUUAGCUUUGUAAAUAGUAACCUUAAAAGUAACCACUAAUAUGUUCUUAGCUUGGCUAAUAGUAACUCUAAUCGUAACCUUAAUAGAUAGUUCGUUUUGUAAAAAGUAACCUUAAUUAUAACCUAUAUAUUACUUUAUAAAUUUACUGUAUAGUUAGCUUUUAUGACUAGUAACCUUAAAAGUAACCAUUAAUAUAUAAUUCGUUUUGCAAAUAGUAAUUUUAAUAGUAACUCUAACUGUAACCUUACCACAUAGUUGGUUUUGUAAAUAGUAACUUUAAUAGUAAUCUUUUUAGUAAACUUACUAAUUACUUAGCUUUUCUAAAUAAUAUCCUUAAUUGUAAACUUACUUUUUGAUAACCUGCUUUGUAUAUAGUAAUAUUAAUAAUACCCCUUAUUUAACUUUAAUAGAUAGUUGCCUUUGUAAUUAGUAAAUUUAAUAGUAACCUUAAUAGAUGGCUGGUUUUGUAAAUACUAUCUUUAAUAGUAGCCCAGCUAGAUAGUUAGCUUUUCUAAAUAGUAACCUUAACAGUAACCCUCAUUUUAACCUUACUAUAUAGUUAGCUUUGUAAAUAGUAACCUUAAAAGUAACCGUUGUUUUGUAAAUAUUAACUUGACUAGUGAGCUUAUUAGUAAACUUACUAGAUAGUUCCAGUGCCCUCCACUAAUAUUGGCACCCUUGGUAAAUAUGAGCAAAGAAGGCUGUGAAAAAAAGAAAUUCUUUAUUUAUAUUCAAAAAAAUACUCUGCUUUCAUAUAUAUAUAUAUAUAUAUAUUAUACAACACAGGAUUAUAAAAAUAUAUCUUUGUUAAAUAUAGAUGUGCAACAAUUAUUGGCACCUUUUUAGUCAAUACUUUGUGCUAGCUCUCUUCGGCAAGAUAACAGCUCUGAGUCUUCUCCUAUAACGCCUGAUGAGGUUGGAGAACACAUGGUGAGGGAUCUGAGACCGUUCCUCCAUACAGAAUCUCUCCAGAUCCUUCACAUUUCAUGGUCCAUAUUGGUGGACUCUCCUCUUCAGUUCACCCCACAGGGUUUCUAUGGGGUUCAGGUCAGGGGACUGGGAUGUCCAUAUCAGGACCUUGAUUUUGUGGUCAGUAAACCAUUUCUGUGUUGAUUUUGAAAAUAUGUUUUGGAUCACUGUUGUUGUUUGUCACAUUGUAGCUUUUCUAAAUAGUACCGUUAAUUGUAUGCGUCCUAGAUAGCCAAAUUUGUAAAUAGUAACCUUAAUAACAAGCUUACUAGAUAGUUGUCUUGGCGAAUAGUAAUUUUAAUAGUAACCUUAAUAGUAAACACACUAGAUAGAUAGAUAGAUAGCUUUUAUAAAUACUUAUCUACCAAAGUAGUUGUUUCUAUAUAAUUUAUUUGGCCUGUUUCAACUUUUUUCCUUUGAUAAUAACUGAUCAGUAGCUUGCUAAUAUCCAGAUUACAGCCAUAACCUACAGUAUGUUCAGUUAUGUAACAUUUCGAAGCUGUUUCUAUGGAAGAUGAGAUUUGUGCCGUUUGAUUUUUGAUUUCUUUUUCUUUCGUUUUUUUUUUUUUUUUGCCACUGCAUAAAGGUCAUUGAUAUCACACAGGGUUUAUUUGUUAGCUAAUAUCUAUGCACACACUCAGGCACAGAAAGUCUGACUAUAUGGCAACCCUUUCCACCUCUGUUUUCUCAGGGCAAACAGUGCUCAUCUAUCAGGGCACGAAACGAUAACCUCUGUGUGUUUGUGUGUUUGUGUGUGUGUGUGUGGGGGGUUUGGGUCCUUAUGACAAAUUAUCCAUGUGUAAUACUGUUAAGUGUGUCUAGAUUUCCAUUGAGUGCUAACACUUACCCUCUUGAAUGAUAAAAUGAUGUGGAUAAUUUUACUGUUGAAUGAAUUACAAUCUGAAGCCUUUAAUUUAAUAAUAAUAAUAAUAAUAAUAAUAAUAAUAAUAAUAAUUCAGUGUUGCGGUAUCUCUUGAGGUGUUGACUUCAGUGUUAGUUAAGGAAAGUAACACGAAGUCCGAAGUUGAGUAUUUUCCUCUCUCAUUAUGUCCUGAAGUUUAUUCCUGUUCUACUACAGAAAUCUGUGAAUGACAACGACACGUCGUACCUGUUACCCGUUUCAUUUCAGCUACAUUAGUCUAGAAAACAGGUAAUGAUACAAAAAGAUUGUCAUGUUACCGACAAACUCUGUCCCGAAGUCGUUCGCAUGUCUGAUAUCUGACACCGGAGACUCCUUCCUCACAGAAAUCUUCACGUUUUAUUAUUCGAUUACGUGGUCCGUCCACCGCCCAUGUCCGUGUAAUGGUUGUUGCUAUGGAAACGAUAUCGUACUAGAACCAGGUCUGAGGUAAAAACAGUGUCGGAAAAUACUGGAGACCUUCUGACCGGUGAGAUUUGAGUACUCUGACUAACAGUAUUUACUCUGACGAACAGCAGACGUAAACAGCGAUAACGAUUGACACUCGGGUUUCGGUUUUGAAAUUCAUAACCCGAAUAAGAAAGGCUCUUGUUCUGUUAUCGAUUCGACCGUGAGCCUCGACGCAGUUUAUUAACGUGACAGGAAAUAUGAUGAUGGCUUGUCACUGAUUGGAAUUAGCGCCCAUUUAUACCAGCUAGCUGCCAGUCAUGAGCUGUAGCACACUCUCAGCAUAGCAUGAGUCACACACACACACACAAACACACACACAUGCUGAGGUGCAUCUCAACACGUGUUAGUGUUGCUGGAGCGGUGAGCGUGAGCGCCGUACAGAGCAACAACUCGGUGGAGAGAACUUCUGUCAGUUCUGGUGUGUGCGGUAUGUCCGUGGAUGAGCAGCCGGAGGGCCCGAUGUACGUGUAUGAGUCGACGGUGCACUGCUCCAAUCUCCUGCUGGGCCUGAACGAGCAGCGUGAGCGAGGUCUGCUCUGCGAUGUCACCGUGCAGGUGGAGGGCAAGCAGUUCCGCGCCCACCGUGCCGUGCUGGCAGCCUGCAGCGGGUACUUCCUGCAGGGCCUGGUGGCACAUGGUGACAACGAGCUCAUCUUCACCAUGCCCGAUGAGGUCACUGCCAGGGGCUUCGCUCCAUUGUUGCAGUUCGCCUACACAGCCAAGUUGCUGCUCAGCCGGGAAAACAUCCAGGAAGUGAUACGCUGUGCCGACUUCCUGCGCAUGCACAACCUAGAGGACUCCUGCUUCCGUUUCCUGGAGGCACAGCUGCGGAGUGAGGAAGACGGGGCCCUGCUCAGCCAAAAGGUGGCACCAGAGAGCAACCAUUCGGAAGAUGAGAGCAUGCAAGCUGAGGCAUCGGCCAUGACAACGAAUGCACCAGAGACUUGGGCCGCUUCUCCACGCUCUCGCCGCCAUCCAGAUGCCCUCACUGCUCUGCGGCGGCCAGACCAUGAGCGGCUGGCAGUCAACGCUGACUUCCCAGAUGGCCAAGUGGACUCAGAACAGCAGGUCCCCUCGGAUCUGCCACGUUUCCCCAAGUACAGGAAGUACCAGUGGGAUAAGCACAACAGCAAUGAGAGCUCCUCACAUACCAGUAGUACCUCAGGUUUCCCAAGCACAUUGCUCAGCGGGCCAGCCGUGACUCACAUCAAACAGGAGCCGCAGGAGGGCGAGGACGAGCCCAUCACACUGGGUCUGUCAGGCGACGAGGAUGAUGGCAGGGACAAGGACAAUGGCACGGUCGACAUGGAGUUGGAUGGCAAUGGACUGCAUGGUCUCUUCAAGCACGGCAUCUCUGAAUUGGCCAACACUUCCCAGCAGCUUAAUUCCAGCAGACUGGCCUGUGCCCAGGUCAAAGCAAGCACUCAGGGAGAGCACAAAAAUGACUACAGGCCUUCACAGGUGCCUGUGGCCUUCCCCAAAGAUGCUGACAGCUUCUCCACGGGACUGUCUGUGAGGCCGGCGUCCUGUGAUGGUGUAUGUAAGCAGGAUACGGAGUUAGACCGGCGCAGCGUCAUCUUUUCGUCAGGAGCCUGUGAGCAGCUGCCCACACCUGCCCAUUCCUACCCAGGCAACAACUCCCAUGACAAGGAGUUGGCCAACCACCUGCCCAAAGGACUGUGGUUUGGAGGCAGCCAGUCGCUGCCUAGUUCGCAGAACUUUACCUCCGGUGCUGCUUCCGGUGAAGUGCCGAUGCUCCUGUGCCGCCAAAGGCCCAACACCAGCUGCCCUGUGCCCAUAAAGGUGUGCCCACGCUCACCGCCCUCCGAGACACGCACCCGCACCUCCAGCUCCUGCUCGUCGUAUUCCUAUGCUGAGGAUGGCAGUGGUGGCUCUCCCUGCAGCCUGCCCCAGUUCGAGUUCUCCUCGUCACCCUGCUCCAACAUGACUCGUUGCAUGCCAACUGACCCACAGGAACUGGGCACAGGUACUGACGCGCUGUUCGGCCCAGCAAGGCCAAAAAUCAAGUGCGAGCAGGCAUACGGAACCAACUCAAGCGAUGAAUCUGGAUCCUUCUCUGAAGGAGACAGUGAGUCCUGCCAUGUUCAGGAGCAAGGAUCAGAAAUCAAGCUUCCUUUCCCCGUCGAUCAAAUCACAAAUCUUCCACGCAACGAUUUCCAGAUGAUGGUGAAGAUGCACAAGCUGACGUCAGAGCAGCUCGAGUUUAUCCACGACGUGCGCCGACGGAGUAAAAACCGCAUCGCCGCCCAGCGCUGCCGGAAGAGGAAACUCGACUGCAUCCUCAACCUGGAGUGCGAGAUACGCAAACUGGUAUGUGAGAAGGAGAAGCUGCUGACUGAGAGGAAUCAGCUGAAGGCGUGCAUGGGCGAGCUGUGGGAGAAUUUCUCCUGCCUGUCUCAGGAGGUGUGCCGGGACGUCCCACUGAGCCCCGAGCAAGUCCAGUCUCUCCAUCACUACUGCCCCGUCCUAAGGCCCACCUCUGACAACACCUCCCCCGCCCACCCGUCAGUGCCGCCCACCAGCAUCGACCUCACCACCAACUCCAGAGCCGCCACGCCCGAACCUGAAUUCGUCAAACCGCCUACUACAAACGACACGCACCAGGCACCAGCACCAGCCCAGUGUCACGUAGGGAAUGGCGAGGGGGAGGAGACGACAUCCAGCUCCGCCUACAUCGAGGCAGGUCAUUCCUUGGAACAGUCCAAUCAGACGGUGACAGUAGACUUCUGUCAGGAGAUGACCGAUAAAUGUACCACUGACGAACAGCCGAGAAAGGACUGUGCCUAGUGACAGUGUUUGUUUGUUUGUUUGUUUCUUUGUUUCUUUGUUUGUUUGUUUUGAAUUUUUUUUUAACCUUUUUUUAUUAUUUUUUUAAAAAAUUCUUAUUAUUUAAUUUCGAUACAUUUUCUGACAAACCCCUGAAAGUUUAUGGGGUGUUAAGAUGGUCAGCCUCUGCCAGUGUUCUAUGAAUCUUUUUGUUUGUUUGUUUGUUUGUUUGUUUUUAUAUAUUUAUGUCUUUUUUUCCGUGUGUGUCUUUUCAUUUUGUCUAUUUUUUUAACGGUUGACACUACAGUUGUCUUAACAGCAGCAAUACUGUUACUCCAGGUUCUCUCGGGCUCAGGCACGGCUGAAGAGUCUCGCGUAAAAAAAAAAGAAAAAGAAAAAAAAAAGAAUAUAUAGAGGAAAAAAAAAAAAAAAACCAACCUCUCUCUCAAUGGUGCUACGCAUUUUUCCCCUGCCACUGACCUCCAUCAGUGAAAAACCGGGUCACGGUCCAGCUCACAGGGGAUCGGCUCCAACCACAUCUCACAUCCAAGCCUCUACGGACCUAGCAGAAGCUCGAUAUCUCUCCGUCUUUCUCUCUCUAGCCGUCUAUCCUUCCUUCGUCUUCACUUCCUCGCAGUAAGAUCUGCAGUGUUAAAUUUGCACCUACAGUGUUGCAUUUUAAAGCCUACACUGUGCAGCUACACCAGAUUGAUUUAACACCAGUGAUUUAUCUGUGCUCUCUCUCUCUCUCUCUCUCUCUCUCUCUCUCUCUCUCUCUCUCUCAGUGGCUAACUGUUUCUCUCUCUCACUUUCGAUGCCACGGCAAAUUCAGGAAACUCAGGAAAUAUUCUGAAUGUUCGAUUAUAGUAAUUCAUGGAAAGGAUACAGAUUAUGUACAUGACAGGUUCUCUGUUUGUUUUUUUGGGGGGGAGGGGGGGUUUGUUUUUUGUUUUUUUACAGCAGC